AACUAAAUUACAACCAGGCUACACUGACAGGUGUUAAGGUGAGCUCUGACGACAAGUAGCUACUGCAGAUAGGUAAACAAGCCAAAGGUAAAGGAUUGGAUAAGCAGUCUCACAAGUAACCAGUUUACUUUGUAGGCAGGCAUUGUGUCAGGUAAAAAGGAGGCAGCUCUCCCUGUUUGCUGUGGAAUUGUUGCCUGAGAAAUGCAGGCAGUGGCAGCAGUAGAGAAGAGAAGCUAAUAGGACAGCAUUUAUCCUCUGCUGCCCCCUCUUUUCACAGACACACUCACAAAGACUGAGGCAACCACCUGGGUGUUCAACCAGCUCAGCUUUUACAAGACCCUUAAAAACAGAAGAUUAAGAUCCAGCGCAUGAGUUGUGACUUCAUGGCCUAUAGCAAGGUGUGUGAUGCCCAGACUGGGCCCCUGGAUGGAGAAGUUUUGCACUGCUCUGGAUCCUUGGAGCUUGACUGGGACCUGGACAAAGAGGAGUUGCAGGAAGCAGGGCCAUGCAGUGAGCGCAAGAAGAUGCAACAUGGUGACUGCCAGAGAUCAGGUUGUUCAGACACUGGUCCUGACCCUGACCCUGACCCUGAGUUUAUGGAGCCGAUCCCAAAUUCUGUCUCAGUUUCACCACAUGGAAGAUUUGAACGACUCCAAGAAGAUCCCAACUAUAUCUCUCACUUUACCAGGACGACAGUUCACAAAGGCCAAAGACGACUUCACUGUUUCAUACUCAGGUAUGUCCUUGCAGGGGUGGGAAUUUUUGUCCUUGGAAUCCUGGUUGGGUUGUUCACGAAUACAUCUUCGAAACGUCAAACUAUUCCUUCGCCCGAAAGCUUGGACCUGCUCGAAGAGCUGCUUAGGGGAAUCAAAGCUGACAAGAUAGAUGCCCUCCACAAGUCUUUCUCCAGCCUGCCAGAUGACAGUGAAGAAUCCAGAGCUAGGUACCUGUACAGGCAGUGGGUAGGACUUGGCUUGACUGAUGUCCACCUGUACAAUCAAACAGUUCUGCUCAGCUUACCCGGCUCUACACCAAACACCAUCACCGACAGAUCCAGCCACCAGUGUUUCCUUCCCCAUGGGACCCCAUGUGACCAGCGAGGGCCCACUGACCUGCUGAAGCAGCAAUUCUCCUAUGCAGCCUACUCUGCAGUAGGCAGUGUGCAGGGAGAGGUGGUGGAUGUCCAGUAUGCCAGUGUGGAAGACCUGAGAAGAGCCAAAGAUUCCCUGAACCUCACAAACCAGAUUGCUGUGGUCAAGCUUGGCCAAGCGCCUUUAUUAUAUAAACUGUCGCUGUUAUCUGACUUUGGAUUUCGAGGCGUUCUUCUCUACAUUGAUCCCUGUGAUGCUCCGCCUGGCCGACAGAUUUGGCAUGAAGCUUUCAGAGUAACUUUAAAUCCUGGAGGAAAUCCUUCCUUUGCUGGGUCUGGAGGGAGCCUUACAUCUCUGCUGGUUCAGCCCAUCUCAGCCUUCUUUGCCAAGACUUUAUUGUCCUCACCAUCAGUGGGACAGGAAGCAGAUGCCUGCACUCCUUUAUCCAUGCCCUCCAACACAGAGCGAAAGAAGAUUACUCUGACUAUUGGAAACCAGAUGUCCUACAAGAAGAUUUACAACGUUGUUGGAUACCUGAAAGGAAAAAAGAACCCAGAUCGCCACGUUCUGGUUGGCAGUCGUCAUGACAGUGACCAGGGAGAUGGGACUUCAGCCAUAAUGACUCAACUCAUUGCAGCGCUAACUGAGCAGACCAAGCAGGGAUGGGUUCCGGACCGUACCACCGUCUUUUGCUCAUGGGGAGGCACAGCCCUGGGGAACAUUGGGUCCUACGAGUGGGGAAAGGAUAACAGUGUUGUCCUUCAGAGUAGUGCUGUGGCCUACGUGAGUCUCAACUCUCCAGUUCGAGGGACAGAAACUCUUCGAGCUACAGCAUCUCCAACUCUGCUGCAACUCACCUCAGAUAUACAGAGGAGACAAUUACUGAGUUGCAUCCGUGGAGGAAAUUGCCCUGGACCCAACGUCAGCUCUUUGCAGUUGCCUGGAGAUGUAAGUUUCUUUGCAAAUGAGCUGGCUGUGCCCACCAUGGAAUUCGCCUUCGGGCAGACGAAAGCAGAGAGUACAGAGACCACCAGUUUUCUGUCAGAGGCCCAAUUUUCUGCUGAGUCGCCAGAAACACUCGACCCCUUGUUCAAGUUCCACGAAACCAUUGCCAAGAUGACAGCUGAAGCCAUUCUGCGCCUGGUCAACGAUCCUGUGCUGCCUUUCUAUCCUCUGGACAUUGUGCUGGAUGUUCAAAACAAACUCAAAGGUAAGAAUGCAGUAUCGGCAUCCCUGCUGUCCUCAGCCUCCUCUCUCAGAGACCAUGCAGCAUUCUUCCAGUCCGAAGCAAUGCGUCCAGCAAACGAUCCCAAGGAGCGUGACCCCUCCCACGUACGGAUGCUGAAUGAUGUACUUCGUGAUCUGGAGAAGAGCUUCAUCAUCCCACAGACACCAGCUGGAGUGUACAGAAAUUUACUUUACAGCCUUCCAGGAAAGACUCCUCAGUUUUCCAUCCUGAAGUUCUCCCAGGAAGCGAUCCUGCAUUGCAGCAUGACGAGCAAGGUGGUGAAGCACUACUCUCUAAACAAGGAAGCACUUUGCCACAGUGCCAAGAACCAGUCUCUGUCUCUGAUCCUCAGGGCCCUGCGCUCAGCUGAGAGGCUGGUUGGUUUUGGGCUUGACUUGUUUGAAAAUUACCCAAGUGGCACAAAAUGAUUAUGAUGCAGAGACACAAAGAGUGCAACCUCUAACAAUCUUGAUAAUCAUUCUCCUGUUCAGGAAGAAAAAAUCUGCAAUUUCAGCAACUUUUUUAUCACAAUUUGCAAAAACCGAUUUUUUUUUUAAAGCAUGAAUGUAUCCACAUUGUUUCACACCUGCUAUUAGAUAUGCAAAUUUUACAGAAAGUGGGUCUGCUUGAAUUGCACUAAUCUGUCUUCCAAUGAGUUUUAACCGAAAGGUGAAUGGUUAUAUUCUAAAUUUCAUUUACGUUAUCUGAUUUUACUCCUAACACUUGCUCUGCUUGAUGAGAACAUUUCUUUCCUUUUCAUUGAACAAGUUCUGGCACAGACAGUUGAAAAAAAUUAAAGUAGCACUUCAAAAUUCAUGUGCUGUUGAAAAGAAAAUUAGAUUUCUGUGUAUAAUAGCAAAGAAAAUGUAAGAGUAUUUGAUUUUUUCUUGAAAGGUAUAGCUCUGGUAAAUAUACAGCAUGAUUGGUUGUUCUCUUUGAGCACUUUAGGUACUUUAGACCACAUUCACCAACACAAUCAUACAGGGUUUUUGUUAUCGUGCACCACCAACACCUCGGAGGGAAAUAAUCUAGGAAUUCACUUUGCUGCUGAAGGAGACGUUGCUGUUAGAAAUCCUGAGUCUCUCAUGCCACACAUUGAUUUUCAUUUUAAUGAGAUAGGAUUCACAUUGAAAAUAAAUCUGUUUUUACCUGCCAGCUGUAAUAUCUACCAAUCUGUUAAUCAGAAGAGCAAAAGCCAUUCUAGUGUCAACUAAGAUCACUGUGAGCCAAUCCUUAUUUAUAGUCCAUCUAUGGUAUAUAUCUAUUUAAUUUAAAAAGGAAUAAAAGCAAUAAAAAUGUGUCGCUUUUUAAUCUAACCAACAAACGCUGCAUUAAAAACAGUUUAUUUCCUAAUUUUUUAUUUGUUCUAAAUAAAGCUUCUUGCAGCUGCCUGUGUUCAACAAUCAAUUCCAGUACUUGAUUUUUUUCUAGUCUACACCCCCAUAUUUCAUGUCAACCCUGGAAAUUGUUUACAUGAGCAGCAAUAUCAUAGCCGGUACCACAGAUUUGAAAUAAUCAUCAAAAGGUUCCUCACAUUUAACUGCAAUUACACCUGCAUAUAUAUUUCGGUGGGGCAGACGGGGUGUCUCUACUAGCUUUGCAUAUCAAAAAACUGAACAUUUGGCUCAUUCUUCUUUCCAAAAAUAGCUCAAGCUCAGACAGAUUGGAUGGAGAACAUCUGUGAACAUCAAUUUUCAAUUCUUGCCAAUGGAUUUUGAUGAAGCCCUUGACUGGCCCAUGGAGAAAUACACAUUAUGUCAACCUUAAAGCUGCACGUAGACCUCAUUUAGACGAGUCAAUCAUACGUACAGUUUAUUCACAGCCAUGAUUUUCAACCAAGCAAAGCUAUCUGAUCUAAAAGCUGUGUAAGCUUUCAAAUUAUAACUAUGUAUGGUCCACAGAAAAAUGUGUAAACAAAGCACAAACUGUUAUAAAGCAUAUAUUAGAACUCAAAGCCAGCUUCUUUUGGUUUAAUAUCAUAAACUAACUAAACAGUACUGAUGGAUUGAAACAUACACUUUAAUCUAAAAUGCUGUUAAACAGCCAAGCUGUUCAGGGUGUGCACUGACAGCAGGACAUCAUCAGAUACCAGGUUCGAUUUGUUGCCAUUGGGAAAAUGUCAGUUGUGCUGCAGGAAUUGUAAUAUCCAAACAGCACCACUACAUACACUCACCUGCCACUUUAUUAGGUACACCUGUCCAACUGUUCGUUAACGCAAAUUUCUAAUCAGCCAAUCACAUGGCAGCAACUCAAUGUAUUUAGGCAUGUAGACAUGGUCAAGACGAUCUGCUGC